UGGCUCGGGAGUUUAUUCAUCUCAAUACUCUUCAACAUGAACGACGUGACGCUCAACGAUGGGAAGCUGAAGCCCGCUAGUACCUACACAAGCACCUCGGUCCACGAGGCUGUCAAGCUGCGCAUAAGCGAGGAUAACACCGUGGAACCGCAGACGGUUCCAGAGUAUUUCCGUGAAAUUUGCAAGAAAUUCUCAAAACUCCCGGCUCUAGUCUGGGAAACUUCGGAUGGAUGGCAGACGGCAACGUAUGCGGACUAUGAACAGCGAGUGGAACAGGCGGCCUUGAUGCUGCUACAUGCGGGAGUAGAGGAACGAUCUUCGGUGGGCAUUUUGGCCUUCAAUUGCCCCGAAUGGUUCUUUGCCGAGUUGGGUGCAUUGCGUACUGGGGCGAUUGUUGCGGGCAUUUAUCCGAGCAACUCUGCGGAGGCAGUGCAUCAUUCGCUGGAGACAAGCGAUGCCACCGUCUGCAUUGUGGACGAUGACAAGCAGAUGGCCAAGGUGAGAGCUAUCAAAAAUAGGCUGCCAAGACUUAAGGCUGUCAUUCAGCUGAAUGGACCCUACGAAUCGUUUGUGAAUCAGGAACCAGGCUACUACAGCUGGCAACAGUUGGAGAAACAGAGCUUUGAUCAGCACCUAAAGGAGGAGUUGCUGCGUCGUGAGAAUGCCAUUUAUCCGAACGAGUGUUGCAUGCUCGUCUUCACCUCCGGCACCGUUGGCAUGCCCAAGGCUGUGAUGUUGUCGCACGACAGCGUUGUCUACGACUCCCGAAUUGUGGCACGCAACAUGCCGCAAGUUGUGGUUGGAGCCGAGCGGAUGGUCAGCUAUUUGCCACUAAGCCACAUUGCUGCACAAAUCUUUGACAUUUUCCUGGCCAUGUCGCUGGGUGGUUGUGUGUACUUCGCGGACAAGGAUGCGCUGAAGGGAACUUUGGUGCGCACCUUCCAGAAAGCUCGACCCACCAGCAUGUUUGGGGUGCCGCGUGUAUUUGAGAAGUUCCAGGAGCGUCUGGUAGCCGCCGAAGCCAAGGCAAAGCCUUACACCCGUCUACUGCUUAGCAAGGCACACGAAGCGGUUGCCGAGCAUCAACUAAACACAAUUGCGGGCAAGCAAUCUUCCAUCUAUGGCACCGCCAAGUAUUGGCUCGCUUCGCGUCUAAUUCGUCCUGUUCAGCAGCUGCUGGGUCUGGAUCAAUGUCACACCUUCUUCACAGGCGGGGCUCCGGUGUCGCCGGAACUCAAGCACUUUUUCCUCGGCUUGGAUAUGCCUCUAGGGGAUCUUUAUGGCAUGUCGGAGACAGCAGGCGCCAUCACCAUGCACACCCAGAUCACCAAUCUUUAUAGUUCGGGACAGCCAGUUGUGGGCACUGAGGUGAAAGUGUUCGAACCGGAUGUCAAUGGUUGUGGCGAAAUUGUGAUUCGCAGUCGUUCGAAUUUCAUGGGUUACCUCAAUCAACGCGACAAGACUGAUGAGACAAUUGGUGAGGACGGUUGGCUGCACACUGGCGAUAUUGGCUCCAUCGAUGGCCAUGGCAAUGUCGUGAUCUCGGGCAGACUCAAGGAACUGAUCAUCACAGCGGGUGGUGAGAAUAUUCCCCCCGUGCACAUUGAGGAGUUGAUCAAACGCGAGUUGAGCUGUGUGAGCAAUGCUUUGUUGAUUGGUGAUCACCGCAAGUAUCUGACGGUUUUGUUGGCUCUCAAGACCAAAUCGGAUCCAGAGACGGGCAGACCUUUGGAUGCCUUGCGUGAGGAGACCAUUGAAUGGCUGCAGGCUCAUGAUUUGUAUCAAACCAAACUUUCCGAGCUGCUUAGCAUCCCGGCUGAUCUGAAGUUGCCCAACGAUGCGAAUGCCUUGUCCGCAGCGCUGAAGAUCAAUGCAGAGCCGAAGCUUUACGAAGCCCUCGAGGCGGGUAUUAAGCGGGCCAAUGAACAAGCCAUCUCGAACGCUCAGCGAGUCCAGAAAUUUGCGCUCAUUCCCCACGAAUUCUCGCUGGUAACUGGCGAACUUGGACCCACGUUGAAGAUCAGACGCAACAUUGUGCAUGCCAAGUAUGCCGAGCUUAUUGAGCGACUCUAUAAAUGAGCGCAACUAAUUAUUAUUACUAUUAUUACUAUUAAGGAUCUUUAUUAAUGUAUCAUUGCAUUUACAAUUUCUUGGCAGAUUUAUUUUGUUUACUUAUAAAGUAUGUACACGCAACUA